AACGGCUGUUUAGACAUCUAUCUCAUCUAACUACAUCCGAAGUUCAACAUGGCGAUGAACAUACCUCGUGCACCGGGCUUUGCCCAAAUGCUGAAAGAUGGAGCUAAAAAUUUCCAAGGUCUUGAAGAAGCUAUCUACCGUAACAUUGGAGCAUGUAAGGAGCUUGCAGAGACGACGCGGUCUGCAUACGGACCCAGCGGAAUGAACAAGAUGGUUAUCAAUCAUAUAGAAAAGCUAUUUGUGACAAACGAUGCUGCUACCAUACUGAGAGAGUUGGAGGUCCAGCACCCUGCAGCAAAGAUGCUGGUCCUAGCCUCACAGCAGAUGGAGCAGGAGGUAGGAGAUGGUACCAACUUUGUCAUGGUGUUUGCAGGAGCUCUUCUCCAGUAUGCUGAAGAGAUACUUAGAAUGGGUCUUUCCCCAACAGAAGUUAUUGAAGGGUUCGAAGUAGCGCUCAAGAAAACUUUAGAAAUCUUACCAGAUCUUGUGUGUGGUACCAUCAAAGAUUUGAGGAAUGUUCAAGAGGUUACACAAGCGAUUAGGACGUCGGUCAUGAGCAAGCAGUACGGCAAUGAAGAUUUCCUUGCAAAGAUGAUCGCACAAGCAUGCAUUUCAGUAAUGUCAAAGACGUCAACGUUCAAUGUGGAUAAUGUCAGGGUAGCUAAAAUCUUGGGUUCUGGGAUCCUUGGAUCAUCUGUUUUACAAGGCAUGGUCUUCAAGAAGAACGUCGAGGGCACACUGAACAAUGCAUCGAAGGCCAAGAUAGCUGUCUAUUCCUGUCCUAUGGAUUCAUCACACACUGAAACUAAGGGUACUGUUUUAAUCAAGUCGGCUGCUGAACUUAUGACCUACAGUAAAGGAGAAGAAGAUGCAUUAGAAACACAAAUCAAAGCCAUUGCUGAUACUGGUGUGAGUGUUGUGGUUUCUGGUGGCAAGGUGGGUGACAUGGCACUUCACUUCCUCAACAAGUACAAUCUCAUGGCAGUUCGGUUGAACUCAAAGUUUGAUCUACGACGUCUGGCUCGGACAGUCCGUGCUACAGUACUACCCCGCAUGACCCCUCCCACGUCUCAGGAGAUGGGUUACUGUGACAAUGUCUUCAUGGAUGAAGUUGGAGACACACCAGUCAUCAUUUUCAAACAAGAGUCUGCAGAGAAUUCUAUCUCCACCCUUGUGAUCCGAGGAUCAACUGAAAACAUCAUGGAUGACAUUGAACGGGCAGUAGAUGAUGGUGUCAAUACUUACAAGGCGCUAACAAAGGACAACAGGUUUGUUCCUGGGGCUGGUGCAACCGAGGUGGAGCUUGCUCAUCAACUGGCCACCUACAGCGAGACCAUCCCAGGACUAGCCCAGUACGCUGUGAAGCAGUAUUCCCAGGCCUUUGAGGCCAUGCCCAGGGCUCUAGCUGAGAAUGCGGGUGUGAAGGCCACCGAGGUUCUCUCAAAGCUGUAUGCAGCUCACCAGGAUGGACAGAAGAAUGUAGGAUUUGAUAUUGAGGCUGAGGGUGCUGAUGUAAAGGAUGUUGUAGAAGCAGGCAUCAUGGAUGCUUAUCUUACAAAGUACACUGCUAUCAAGCUGGCUACCAAUGCAGCCAUCACCGUUCUUAGAGUUGAUCAGAUCAUCAUGGCUAAACCCGCAGGAGGUCCCAAGGUCAGGCAACCAGGCGGAGGAGACAACGAUGAUGAUUAGUGCUAUGCGGAAUCAACGCAAAUAUGUAGUUCUCUAUAAAUGUAUUUAAUUCCCUGCACAUGUGUUGAAAACAAGUACUGGAACCCAUUUACAACUAUAUUUGGUGAUUCCUAUGGGUUUUGUAGUGGUACCACUGAUUGAAGUAGGCAGUGGGGUAACCUGUUGAGUGAAAAAUUCUGUAAUUCCCUAGGGUCAUGUCUGGGGACCACCAAUUCUAGUAGGCAAUGGGUUAAAAAGAGCCGCUUUGAUCAGAGUCACCAUGUGGCAUUUAACUGACGUUGUUAUUGCCUAUGCAGAAAGUGAAGGAGUCGGAAGAAAAAAUAUGCCAGUGAGGAUCCCAGUUAUAAUUCACAGCUAAUACCACAGCCAACUGCUUCCAAACCAACGGAUGAUAUGUCAUUGGGAAAUGAUGUUAAAGCUUUGAUCGGCCUGGAGUUGGUUUUGUUGAUGUGGCUGUUGUAUCAGUGUGGUUAAGACUCUUGUAAAGGCACCUUAGAGUGUCAGGAUUUUCUGCAAGUCACCAGGCAUUUUUCACCUAUUUGACCUUGGUUCCCUUUAUUAUGUCAACUAUGUAAUUACGAGUAUUUACCAGUAGUUCUCAAUAAAGCCUCGUGUAACUUUAUAUCUCUGGACUCAGUAAUGGAUUAAAUAGUCUUACAAUCAAAUGUAACUCCUGAUAUGGAUAUCAAUUGAUAUCUCAGAACUCUUGGUCCUUUGGCAGACAGUUUGCUAAAUGUAUUUUUGUGUCUUUGCCAUUAUGGUGGCUUCCAUAGUAACACAUGUUCAUUAACCAAUAAAAAGCAAAGUAUCCACAGUAGUUUCCAUAAUGGCAAAUUUACAAAAAUGGCAAGGUUUCAUGAAGCAUGAUCCUGCUUUGAUAGACAUGCAUUCUUCAACAGACUUCCCCCACCCAUGCUUUGUAAUCAUUUUCUGCCAGUGCCAUUUAUUUUCUCUGCACGUGUGUAGGUCAGUGCCCAUUUACAUAAAACCUGUUAUCAAUAAUAAAUUGUUUAUCACCAAUGAUCAAGUACUGAGAUCCUUGCAUUUGAUUUAGUGAAGAGAAAAUUCACAAAGUCAGAUAGAGCAUUUGCUACUGAAUUAAAACUGGAGCGUACUUGUAGGUCUCCCUGUCAGUGUCUAUGUGUAGGCCUAUCAAGAGCAAAUAUUUAAUGGCCUCAAACUUACAUUUAAUAGGUCUCAAUACUUUAUGAAGAUUCUUUGUGCUUAACUACUCUACCUAUGAUUAAAUUCUUGCAGAUGGAUGUAAGAGUGCAUAAUGUCAAUGAAUUUUUCAAGAUGUUCUUUAUAUAACUUAGACAUGAAUUCUUUAAUUACACAUGUAAUUGCAAUGAAAUGGUAAUCGUGUGACAGUGUAUUGUUCCUCUGGGGUAGCAUAAUAUUUCUUGAUGAAUUUAUCAAGUAAUUCUACAUAUUUCCUCUCUUGGAAAUGCUUUCCACUACAUUAUCCUCCUGAGAGAAUUGUGAUUUGUUGUUAGUCUUUUAUUUCUGAAGUGUUUGGUUAUUGAAAUCU